AGCUGUUGAGGGGCGGGGCCGCCGCUGACGAUGGCGGGCGAGCUUGAGAGUUGCAAGUCCCUGAGCGGGCUGCUGAACGGCCUGGCCCAGGAAGCUUUCCACGGGCACCCGGGCAUCACCGAGGAGCUGCUGCGGAGCCAGCUCUAUCCGGAGGUGCCACCCGAGGAGUUUCGUCCCUUUCUGGCGAAGAUGAAGGGGAUUCUUAAGUCUAUUGCAUCUGCUGACAUGGAUUUCAACCAGCUGGAGGCAUUCUUGACUGCUCAAACCAAAAAGCAAGGAGGGAUCACAUCUGACCAAGCUGCUGUCAUUUCUAAAUUCUGGAAGAGUCAUAAGACAAAAAUCCGAGAGAGUCUCAUGAACCAGAGCCGCUGGGACAGCGGGCUUCGGGGCCUGAGCUGGAGAGUUGACAGCAAAUCACAAUCAAGGCACUCAGCUCAAAUACACACCCCUGUUGCCAUAAUGGAGCUGGAAAUAGGGAAAAGUGGACAGAUUGUUGCUGUUCUGGCUCUCUGGUUCUAUUCUUGUGGACAGAUGGGGUGCUUGAGAGGCAGCCAGGAAACCAAGCCUUGAGAGGACUUGGAAACAAUUUUUGGAUGAAUCUGAAUUUCUGUGUUUGGAAUUUGAUGAGGCCCAGGUCAACCAAGUCCUGAAGAAGCUCUCGGAGGUAGAAGAAAGUAUCGGCACACUGAUGCAGCCGACCUAACUGAAGGUGGAGUUGUCGAAGCAAAGGUGUUCAGAUCCCUCACCACUGACCUGUUUUUUCUUUUUUAAAUAUUAUGAACCCAUUAGUAUUAAAUCGUCAAAUUCAAAUCUUGCCUGCCUCUGCUUGCUGGGAUUUAUUUCUUCCUUUCACUCUUACAGUUGUUCUGCUGCAGAGGUUCUUAUACUUCAGCAGGCAGAGGCACUUGUAAAAGCAUUUUUUUAAAAGGAGGCUUCCAGGACCCUAUCCCCAGAGACUUGGAUUCAGUAGGACUGGGCCGGGGUUAACUUCAGAAACCCUUGCUGUGGUGGUUUGUUCCUGGGUGGGAUUUUAGGAAUUUAUACAUGAUAAAUUAUGCAAGAAUUAGAAAAGAAGGAAAAAAGCAUUUUGCUUGUGCAAAUAAAUACAAAGCUGACCAAAUGCCAUGUAUCUUGAGCUAGGGCCUGGAGGAGUCUGCCUAAAUAACCUAGGAGAGAUUUACUGAUCCUACUUAGUCAAUAAAACCAGAGAUGCUUCUGGAACUGAUUCAGGUAUUUGGCUUAGUUCUGCCCACACGGGGGUGGGGUGGGGGUGGAGAAUAGUGGUCUGAUUUGAUUUGAGCUACUGAGAAACAUGCGCUUUUCUGGAACCUAGAACUAAACUGGCCUCAUCAUAAAGUGACUCUCUUUGCUUACCUCAGGUCAGGAUUGUGGGAAGAGAAAAAUGUCUACUGAAGUGAUAUGAGGUUUUUACUUCAGAAAAUUUUACUUGAGUCGUCAAAUAAAACCCUCUUCAAGAAAAUUUCUUCCAAAAAUCUAGUGUAAAAACUAGAUCCUAGUAGAGAAGUUAUAUAAAACACCAAAAUUAUUCUUAGAGGAGGAAGUUGUCAACCAGUAUAUUGAGGCUAUGGUCUUUGUUAAACAGGUUUUAUUAUCUGAUAUUGACAGUAUUUAGAAACCUCAUUUGCCUUUGGGAUGUAAUAUGUUCAAAAAAUUGUAGUUCUUUUAGUCUGUGGUUACAUCAUAUGUCAGUUCUAAUGAGUUUAUUCCAGGGCAGGAAUAAGUCCUCUUCUGUUAAGCAUUUUCUCCUAAAAUAGUUUGGAGACAUUUUAGGAGCUCUUCCAACACCCAAGCUGGCUCCUCCCUGAUUAAAUCCCUCCUAGCAGUUAGCAAACAAUGACCAGAAGGUUUUAAAUGGAGUCCCAGUGGACCCUUCAGAAAACGUCUUGAAAUAGUAGUACAGUAGUGUAUUUUGGCCAGAGAACUAUUAAAACUUGCAUUCUGUUCCCAGGGCUACUGUCAUAUGAUCCAAAGAAUUUAGAUAAUGUCUCCUGCUGUAAAAUGGAGGUAAAGAAUAUCUCAUCAGAUAAUGAGAUUCCAGAUACAUUGGAAGGAAGAACUGUAGCUACCACGUUAGGAUUAACUCACAUAUCCAAUGAAAGUUUGUGGAAGCCUAAAGGAACAGUCUGUGGGCCCUCAGGGAGAGGAAAUCAUUGUCAUGGUUUGAAGUUCUGUUUAGGUUAUUCUGUGAAAAUAAUCACCACAAAAGUGGACAUGGGAUUUUUUAUUAUAUUCCCAAACUCGAGGUCGUUGGAAAAACUGUUAACGUACACUGAGUUUUUCAUCAUUACUAUCAUCAUCAUAAAAGAAACUGGUUGCUGAAGGUUAACAUUAAGCACUUUUGAAUGCAAGUGUUUUUGGACAGGAUUUGUUGGUGUGUGUUUUGUAUUUACUGGUGAUUUUUUAAAUUUCUGAUUACCAAAGGAGUAUAUGUUGAUUAUAUCUCUUAAUGAAAAUACACAACACACUAAGAACGGUUAAAUGACCCAUCAACCUAAUACAUAGAGAUAACAGAAAGAAGACUAGAACUGGAAGAAGAGUUGACUUUCCCUGAAUAAAUUCCUGGAAGUGGAGUGCACUGUUUUUGACUUUCGUAAAUGCUGCCAAAUUGCCCUCCAGAAAGGUUAUGUCAGUGUAUAUUCCCUCUAAGAAAGUAUGAGAAUAAAUCACUCCCCUUCUUGCCUAAUUGGAUAUUAUCUGUUUUGUAUUUACUGGGGACUAACUUUGUUUUGUAAAUCUUUGCAAGGGACACUUACGUAAACCAGGACAUCUCCCUGGGGAAAGGACCAGGGAAGAAGAAAACUGGCAUAAGGGUUCCAGCAGACCCCACUAGGUUUCCUAUCUCUGUAAUCCUAGGUUAAAACCACUUUAUUUUGGGGCAAAAUAAAAGUAAUCCACAGCCUGAAUCGGGCCUUAUAGAAAUUGUACCUUCUUGAGCAAUAAGCACUUGUCUAUUUAGAAACAGCGCAGGCAAGCCAAAAGAUGCUUUCGGAAUAAAGUCAGAAAGAAAACGUCAGUAGUUUUGUGUUGAUAAGGAGCAAAGGACUAGGCCUUUUCCUCAAGACUGGCUUUUCUUGGAAGCUCUGGUUCUUAGCAGCUUCAUCAGCAAAGGCUUCAUUUCUACCAUUACAGCCUCCCCUUUCCUUUAUAUAACCUCUCUUCCCCCAGUCUUAUUUUAAUGAUGAUUCGAAAAGAAUUACAGCAUUUUAAAAUGUAGUUUAACUUAUUCUCCCCCAAGUGCAAGAAGGCAGUGAAAAGCAAAAGAUGACAGGCACCUAGUAUCUGAACUUUUAAAUAGCUGACAUUGUGUCAAGCUAUUAGUUACUGGAAUUCUUUUUUUAGACCUGAGUGAAAAUUUGGAAAACAGAAUAUAAAUAGAAAUUAAAGAAAAAUAAAUGUUAAACAGAAUGUUAGAAAAUAUUUUUUUCUGAAGUACACAAUAAAUAUCAAGGCUAGUGAAUGGACAAGGAUAUGGAAGGAAGUCUUCUAGAGUCAGCUCAGAAGUAAUUGGAUUAUUUUCCUAAAAGAACAGGAUGUUGGAAGGGAUGGGCCUUUAUGGGACAAUUGCCACCUUAUAAUUCUUAGCUAUCCAAUUUUCCAACCAACGUUUUGAAAUACUUUAAAUGGUGAUUUAGCCAGCAGAAGAGAAAUCCCAAAUAGAACAUAAUUAGUUUGAGCUUAGUUCUAGUUACAAAGUAUAUAGUUUUUUAACCUCAAAAUUUGAGAAAUAGCAAUUUUUAUCUAAAUGCAGUCAAUUCUCCUUUAUCUGGGGUUGGCCAUAAUUGUUUCUCAUAGCAUCACAACUGUAUGCAGCACUGAGCUAGGCUUUGUUACAAAGGAAUCUGCCUGUGCCUGCUUCCUGUCAGAUAAUGGUGCCAACUCACAUAACUUGCAAGUUCACAACAUAUAUUAUAUUAUCAGAGUAAAAUACUAAACCUAUACAUGAGCAGCUAGCAAAAUAUGGCUAUUUACAUCACUUACUCACCAAGGACUAUAAUUAGAUCUGCUCUUGGCUAGUUUUCUAGUUCCUGCUGGUGGUAGGGUUUCAAGUUCCGUUGAUUCUCAGGAUGCAGAGGUGGGGGGAAAUGGAAACGGGAAUAAUAUGGAUUUGAUAGCACAAGUAAAGCAAGAGAUUAAACUAUUUAGAAGAAAUUUAGGCUGAAAGAUGAAAGUAGUUAAAAUCCUUAAUGCUGUUGUUAUACUGUUUUUAUAUUAAAGAAAUAAAGUU